UCACAGCAAAAAGAAUAUAAAAAAAUAUUGCAGUAGGUAACUAUAAAAAAUAUCCGAACGUCACAAAUCAAUCAGCUGUUUACUGUCAACACAGAAGUUGGAAAGAUUUUGAACUGCGUUAUUAAAAAAUCAAAAACCUCGAACAAAUGCUUAAAAUCUCUUAUUCUAACAUACAUAAUGGAAUAACUGAAUAUAUAGGAGUGCUUAGUUAGUCUCCACAGAAAAUGGAGGCAAAUUUUUCAUUUUCCUGCUUAUAACUGGACUAGUGACACGUUUUAAAUUCUAUAAGCUGCAGAAAGCAAAGUUACAGUAGGAAAAUACCAAGAUGCCAGAACUAACUGUUACAUCUGAGAUUUAUGAAGAAUUUGACUAUAGAACUAAAACCACUCCAAAAAUAAAUGGAAAUGUGAUAUCAGAAUUUCCAUUUCUUCUUCCGAAUAGCCAGAAUAAAAUAAAGUUUGAUAAAGAUGAUGACUUGGAUAUGGAUAGACCUCAGAAGGAACUUAUUAAAAUUGAACACAGCUCGAAAACCAAGAUAGCAUUAGUAGGUCUUCAAGUAUGGCGCGGCGCGUUCCUGUUAGCUGACCUACUCAUCCACCGGGGUCUGAAAGGGGAGCUUCAAGGGAAGACUGUGAUGGAGCUGGGAGCAGGCACUGGCUUGACCAGUUUCGUCGCGGCUAUGUUCGCUAAGAAAGUUGUCUGUACGGAUAUGGAUGUAGGAGGCAUAUUGGAUCUUAUAAAGUUAAACGCAAAAUACAACUCUAAAUACGUGAAGUCUGAGUUGAAAGUGAUGCCGCUAGACUUUACAGCCACUUGGAGUAGACAACUUACAAAGGAGGUUGAGGAAACUAAUAUUAUUAUUGCUGCUGAUGUUAUCUACGAUGACGACGUUACAGCAGCAUUCAUAUCAACUAUUCAGAAGAUGCUCAACACUAAACCGCCUAAAACAUUGUAUGUAGUCCUUGAAAAACGAUACGUGUUCACUAUAGAACAUUUAGACAACGUUGCACCCUGUUAUGAAACAUUCCUUACAUUACUAGAUAAAGUUAAAAGUGAAAAUAUCAACUCUAUUUGGACAGUUGAACAAAUGCCUAUAGAUUUUCCAAAGUAUUUCACUUAUGAUAGAGUCAAAGAACUCGUUAUAUGGAAAAUAAGUUCUAAAGCAAAGACCAAUUAGUUGUAACCAUAUGGCUGUGAUAUUAAAUAUUUUUGUUACUA